AUGAAGAAAAAUGUUGCAAGUUCUAGUACUCCAAAUUCUAAAAAGAAUUCGGCUAAAUAUUUUUAAUAGGAUUAAUUCUAAUAGUAACCAUAAAUAAGUUAAUUCAUUUCAAUAGAAGAUUAAUCUCAAAGUGAUUAGCUAAAAGUAAAAAGUAAAUUAAUUAAAAUAGAAUGAUGAAUCCUUAAUUUCCAAUGAUUUAACCUAAGCUUGCAGCACUAAUUUAGUCUUAUAAGAAAAUCAAGAUUAUAGGGAUAAUUAAAUGGAAUUUGUUAAUAAUGAUGAUGAUGUGAAAAUAAAUGAAGAUUUAAAUAUAUUAAAUUCUAGUGACACAGAAAAAUUCAAUCAAAUUAACCAUCAAAUUGAUAAUAAUCUAAUCAAUGAGAUUUCAUAAAAUGAAUCAAUUAGCUUGCAAAAUUAAAAUCCAGAUUAAUAUUAAAAUCUAUAAUAAGAAAGUAUUUAAAAUAAUUAUAAAAAGAAAGUCAUUAUUUUAAUCUUAUUGAAAACUAAGAUUAAAUUCAACAGAUUAAUAACGAAAGACAUUAAUAUAGUAAUAAAAAAUAAAUUACUAUUUAAAUAAAUGAUGACGAAAUUGCCAAUUAUAAAUCAGAAAUUGAAUAGGGAUAAUAAAUAAAUUCUGAACUCUCUUUGAAUCUUUUAGAGGAUUAAACAAUUAAUUUAGUAUCAUAAUAAGAUAUAGAAGGUAGUUUAGAAGAUGAUCAAGAUUAGCAAUUAAUCAAUCUAGAAGAUAAUAUUGAAAAUAACUUAAAUAUGUAAACUUUAAAGAUUGUAGAAAAAUGGUAAGAUAUUACAUUUGUGAAUUAAGAAGAAAUAAAAGAAAAUAACUCCCAGGAAUUAAUUGAAGAGCAUUGUAAAACAGAUAAAAUAGAAUAAUUAAAAUAAAUAGUGAAGGAAUCUUCAGAAUAAGGUGAAUAAGUAAAUGUAUUGGGCUGGGAAAUGAAAAAUGAUAUUUAAGAAUUUGAAAAUAAAUAACAAUAAAUUAAAAUAAAGAUUGAAUAUCCUGAAUCAAAUAAUGAAGAGAUAUCAUAAAAUAUUGUAAAAGCUUAAACUAAUGAAUAAUGUAUUAAUGAAGAUAAUAACUAAUAAAGUAAACUUGGUUAUGAAUGUGAGACUUUCGAAAGAGGUAAAUCUUAAACUGGAUAUUGUUCAAUAGAAUCUAAAUAAUUUUAAGAUCAAAUUUAGAUGAAAUUAGGAUAAGAUAAAAUAAAUAAAAAAUAAGAAUUAUAAAUGAAGAUCUAGGGAUUAAAUUCUAUAAUAGAAGUAAGUUUGUAAUAAUGUGUUUAAGAUUAAAAAUAAAAUUAUUAACAUAAAGAUAAAUAAGAUAAUAAAUGUGAAAAUCAUUUAACUAGUUAACAAAUAGGUGAAGAAUAAAACUAAAUAGAAGAUCAAAAAAUUAGUUAAAAUGUUGAUAAUUAGAAGAGUUAACAUAAAGAUGAAUAAUAAAACUAAGAUAAAGAUAAAUUAAAUAGUAAAAAUGAUGAUUAUUUUAAUGAAUAAUUAAAUUAAGAUGAAGAUUAAUAAAAUAGUUAAAAAGAUGAUAAAUUAAAUAGUAAAGAUAAAGAUUAAUAACAAAAUUAAGAUGAAGAUUAAUAAAAUAGUUAAAAAGAUGAUAAAUUAAAUAGUAAAGAUAAAGAUUAAUAACAAAAUUAAGAUGAAGAUUAAUAAAAUAGUUAAAAAGAUGAUAAAUUAAAUAGUAAAGAUAAAGAUUAAUAACAAAAUUAAGAUGAAGAUUAAUAAAAUAGUUAAAAAGAUGAUAAAUUAAAUAGUAAAGAUAAAGAUUAAUAACAAAAUUAAGAUGAAGAUUAAUAAAAUAGUUAAAAAGAUGAUAAAUUAAAUAGUAAAGAUAAAGAUUAAUAACAAAAUUAAGAUGAAGAUUAAUAAAAUAGUUAAAAAGAUGAUAAAUUAAAUAGUAAAGAUAAAGAUUAAUAACAAAAUUAAGAUGAAGAUUAAUAAAAUAGUUAAAAAGAUGAUAAAUUAAAUAGUAAAGAUAAAGAUUAAUAACAAAAUUAAGAUGAAGAUUAAUAAAAUAGUUAAAAAGAUGAUAAAUUAAAUAGUAAAGAUAAAGAUUAAUAACAAAAUUAAGAUGAAGAUUAAUAAAAUAGUUAAAAAGAUGAUAAAUUAAAUAGUAAAGAUAAAGAUUAAUAACAAAAUUAAGAUGAAGAUUAAUAAAAUAGUUAAAAAGAUGAUAAAUUAAAUAGUAAAGAUAAAGAUUAAUAACAAAAUUAAGAUGAAGAUUAAUAAAAUAGUUAAAAAGAUGAUAAAUUAAAUAGUUAAGAUAAAGAUUAAUAUUAAAAUUAAGAUGAAGAUUAAUAAAAUAGUUUAAAUGAUGAUAAAUUAAAUUGUUAUAAUUAUCAUGAAUGUACCUAUUUCAAAGAAGAUAUUUAACUAUGUCAAAAUAAAAAGCCAUUAGAUAAUUAAGUAUAAGCAAUUUGCAUUAGUUCAGGUUUAUUAUUAUAAAAAUAGUAACAUAUUUAAUAUUUCGAAAGUGUAAGUUUUAAUGAUACGAGAAUAUUACAUAAAGAAAGUAAAAUUAAUCCUAUACAAAUAGAUAAACUAAUUUAAAAAGAAAAUUUUAAUUUUCCUUUAUAAGAAUAAUCAAUAGAUGUAGAACCAAAUUCAUCCAAAAUUAAUAAAUAAUAGCAAUUUGAUAAUUUAUAAAUCAAUAGUGAAUAACGUAAUAUUUCAAAUAAACCAGAAUUAUCUUAAUAAGAUUAAGAAUCUAUAAGUGAAAUUUAAAUUUCAUAAACAUUUUUACAUAAGUUUUCAUUAAAAACAUAGAAUUAAGAGAAAGAGGAAUAUAAUAAUGAUUAAAUUAUAAAUAUUAAUCGGAAUGAAAAAAUGUUUGAUAAAAUUGAUGAUUUAUAAUUAGAUAAGUAAACAAGGUUCCUAAAUGAAAAUCAAAAUAUCAAAUCUUGCAAUUAGAAUUUAAAUUAAUUCGAACUCUUCUCUUUAAAACCAUUUGAUUAAGAAAGCUAAGUAGAAGUAGGAAAAAAAAAUUAAGAGAAUAAUGAUCUUUUAUAAUAAAAAAUUUACAUUCAUACAGAGAUAUUAGGAGAGAUAUGUGAAUAGCUACAGUAACUUAAAAUAUAGGAUCUAGGGUGCGAAAAUGCAUAAGAAUUUGAUUUAAAUAAUAAUGAUAUUUAAUAAUAAGUGAACUUAGAGGAUAUCGAAGUAAACAAAUAAAGUAUCUUCUAAGAGGAUGUUUACUUUAAGCUCUAGCAACAGAAACUGGAAAACGAGAAUAAUUAAGAGUAACAUUAAGAACUAAAUUAAUGUGAAGAAGAUUAAAGAUUUUGUAAUAAAGAAAUAAUCGAAGUAGAGAAUAACCAAAAAUUAGAAUAAAACGUAGUAAUGCUCAACUUUAAUAGCAAUGAUGAAGAAAUGGAAUAAAUAUAAUAAUAAGCUAAUAAUGUUUUUUAACCAUAAAUUAAUAAUUUUUCUUAAUAAAACGAAAAAAUGGAUUAGUUCAUCGACUAGACUGAAGAUCAUGAGAAAUAUUCUAAUUCUUAAGAAAAUGAAGAGGGAACACUUAGUAAAAAUUAAUAAGAUUCAGAACAUACAAAUGACAUAAUUAAUAAUCAGUAUGAAUCAAGCCAAAAAAAAUAAUCCAUUAAAUUGAUUGAUCACUCUGAACAACAUCAAGACUUUUAGGAAGAGGAAAAUCUUUUAAAACCAUAGUAACACAAAGAAAAAUAAGGAAUUGAGGGUCAGAGUAGAACAUUUACUUCUCAAAAAAAAAUUAGUUCAUAAAGAGAAAAUUUCUUUCUUUCACAAACAAAAAUAAAAAAUUAGGAGGAUUCUUUAAAUUAAAAUCAAUUUAAUAGUAGCUUAUCAUAAAAUGUAAAAGAAUAUAAUUCUUCAAAAAGUAACGAUCAUUAUAACAUUGAUUUGGGUCAUGGGGAAUUAAAUAGGGAUAAUUAUUUAAAAGAAAAUGCAGAUGAUUUACAAGAGUAAAGAAAAUAAAAAAUAAGAGACUUAGAAUAGUAAAUCGAAUGGGCUGAAAGAGAAAUCGAAGAGAAAGAUGAAGAAAUUAAUUAAAAUAAAGAAAUGAUUGAAAAUUUUGAAAAUUUUGUUUUAGGCAAUACUAAUCCUGAAGAAUUCGAGAAAAUUAUAUUGUCUGAGAGUAAUUUUGAAACAGAAAAUUUAUUGAUUAAUCAUCUAAUUAAUAAACUAAGAUAAUUUAUGUAGGAAUUUUCAAAUUCAAUAAUUGAUUUAAUAAAUAGAUUUGAUGGUAAAACAGAAUUAGAAAAAGAUGAAGAAUAAGAAUAAGAAGAAUAAGAAAAAAUAAAAUUGAUUACAAAUGAAUUUAAGAAAUUUAAACAAAAAAAAUAAUAAAAAAAAGAAAUAGAUGAUAAUAAAAAUUAAAUUAAUAUUCAUAAUUUAGGUGAAAAUAAUGAGAAAAUAGUCAAUGAUGAAUUAAAUAUACUUAUAUCAAGUAUAAUUGGAUAAACAAAGUUAUUAAGGGAUAUUUUGUAAAAAAAUUGUUGUCUUCUCAUUAAAUUUAAUUGUGAAGUGUAUAAUGGUUUAUAAGGAAUGUCUAAAAAUAUAAAAUAACUUGAAUAAAUCAAAAGUUUAACUAAUUCAGUUAAAUAAACAACAUAACACUACUAAUCUAUAAUUAAUGAACAAGUAGAUUUAUAAUAAGCGAAAGAUGACAAUAAUCAUAUAUUACUUUUAGAUUUGUUGAAAUAACUAAUAAAUAAACAAGAAUAGGCAUUUUAGUUUCAAUAAUUAUUUACAAAUUAUUUAUCUGAAAGAAUAGAUCUUGUUCAUUAAAGUGAAGAAAAUCUAAGGGAAGAUAUGGCAAAAAGAUUAUAAACUUUCAAUUGA